GCACGCUCAACUUGAAGCUCUUGGCUUUACGCUCGACGUUCAACUUUUAUUCGUUUUUGUUUCUGCCGGCUUUUCCUCCUUGUUACCCUAAACAUGUCUACAGCACACAGACCGACAUGGGACCCGGCUCAGGCCAAAGAUGUUAAGGGUGGCUCACGCCAAUUCUCCGUGCGAGACAUGGCCGCACAUACGAAACUAAAGUUUCGUCAGCCAGGCCAGACUUCGACAGACGAGGUGAAGAAACGCGACUUGAGAGCCGAACUCAUUGCAGCAGAGGCAGAAGCGCGUGACAGGAAGAGGAAGGCUGAGGGAAAGCCACCAUUGGCAGUCGAGCACGGAACUGCAGGUGUCGUUGCAGACGAUGAGUCGAAUAAGCGACGGAAGCUGCUACAGGAAGCUUUGGAGAUGGAUAAGGAUGAGGAGGAAAGUGAGGACGAGGAGAAGAAUGGUGGUGAGAAAGAAGAUGAGGAUGAGGAAUCUGACGAGGAUGACGAUGAGGACGACACUGCGGAGCUACUACGUGAGCUAGAGAAGAUCAAGCGCGAACGUGCAGAAGAAAAGGUCCGACAAGAGCGGGAAGAGUCAGCGACGACGGCCGCACAGAGAGAGGCUGAGAUUGCAACAGCGAAUCCUCUGCUGAACCUUGCUGCUGCAUUAGGUCAGACGCCUCAUGGUGUCAACACGACAGUACCAGGAACCUUUGCAGUGAAACGAAGGUGGGACGAUGACUUGAUCUUCAAGAACCAAGCUAUGAACAGCCGAGAUAAAGACAAGUCAGGGCAGUUUGUCAACGAUCUUCUACGGACGGAAUUCCACAAAAAGUUCAUGGCUAAGUUUAUCAAGGUAUGUCUGACAUUCCAGCGUACAUUCCGCCACUCACACCAUCUGCUUUUCUAGUAACAUCUAUUAUUGCUGCCUGUAUUAUAUGUAUACCGCUUUCGUAUAGAUUCAUUGUGACACGCAAAUUGCAAACGGACACGUCUCUGUAUGC